CUGCCCAUCUCUAUAAGCGACGCCACUCAAUUCAGAAGAUACAAUUAUUAUUUCGCGGUAAAUAGGAGUAAUAACCGCCAUGGAGGAAUCGCACGACUUCCAGUUCGUCCUUCCCCUGAAUGCAUCUGAUCUGAUCAACUCCAGCGGAGAUCAGUAUUACGUGAAGGAGAUUUUUGGCGCCCAGGAGAUUCCCGCGAAACUACAAGAAUGCAAGCGCAAAGUGCACUUGGGCGAUCCUUUUUAUAUAUUCGAGCACUUCGACUUGUAUUACUCGAUCAUCGAGGCCCGCGGUUCAGAUGGCGCCUCUGCACAGAAUCUAAUGAGGUCCUUUGACCUGCUCUACCUGACCGUGGAGAAACUGUUCCAAGACUUGCAGCCCCUGCUGACGGCCAGUGAGCCCAUGUCUAACCAGCAGCGCAAUAGUUACCUCAACCUGACCAAAAUGACGCUGUUCCUCCAGGUGAGCACCGUCAAGAAGAUCAACAACAGUGUCCAGCAGGCCAUGCGGGAUCAGCAGCUCAAUGUUCAGAAGAAGCGUGCCAAGCCAUCGGAGGGAUUGGAGCAGUUUCCCAACUGGGAGGUUAAGCGCGGCAAGUUCUUGGUGCAGCUCUUCAACGUGCUGCAGUGCCCGCUGGAGAAGCUCUGGAGUCCGCCCGUAGCCGAGGAGGACUUUAUAAAUUUGCUCUGCGACCCCUGCUAUCGAACAAUCGAACUUUUGCCGCUUCGCAUGGACAACAAACACGUAUUCGACACGAUCUUCCAGAUCUUGGGCACAUCGAUCAAGCGCUUUAACCAGGCCAUGACCUUCCCGGUGCGCAUUCUGCAGAUCCUACGCGGUACCGAGCAUGCAGCCCAUUCAGUAGCAGCUGGAAUUUUGCUUCUGCACGAGGAGUACGGAAUUUCUUCGGUCUUCUCCAUUCUAAUCAAGAGCAUUGUGGAUGCUCUAAGGAUGGACAGUUCUGACUCUUCGGUGUCCAAACACUUCUCCAAUUUCCUGGCCGAGUUCUCGAACAUAGCACCUUCGCUGAUCGUACCGCACCUGGAAAAGCUGGCGGAAGAUUUACUAGAUUGUCAGUCUCACACGCUGCGAAAUUGUGUGCUCCAGAUCAUCGGCGACACCGUGGUUAGCGAACUGACCUCGGAGGAUCUUAGCGAAGAACUGAAGGAAGUACGCAAUGAGUUCCUCGAGCACCUAAUGGCCCACAUCCUAGACAUUUCUGCACACGUGCGCUCCAAGGUGCUCAGUAUCUGGCAUCACCUGAAAACCCAGCACGCCAUUCCGCUUAACUUCCUGACCAGAGUGCUGGAGGAAGCCAUCGGAAGGUUGGAAGACAAGAGCUCGCUGGUGCGGCGUGCCGCCAUGCAUCUGAUCAAAUCCGCCCUGGAAAGCAAUCCAUACAGCAGUAAGCUUUCCAUAGAUGAACUCCGUGCCAAGCAUGAACACGAGGUGCAGGCAAUGGAGAAACUUAAUGAGGUACUCGAGGAAGAGCGCAAGCAGGAGGAGAAGCUCAACGACGAGUUUAGCAGCUUGGCGCCCGAACUGCUGCCUUUCAUAGAGGAGAACCUUACGGAGUUUCCCGAUAUGCAGUUCGACAAGGAGGAGAGCGACGAGACCUUGAUGGAGCGGAUCAUUCCGCUGAUGCGCGAAAAGAACUACAAGGAUGUUAUUGUUCUAGUGCGAAAGGUAGACUUUUUGGCGGGAAAUCAGAAUAUGAGUUCCUUACUGAAGCACGAGGAGCAUUGCGUGUAUGUGCUGGCCUUGCUAAAGACAUAUCACCUGCUGGCUGCUGGAUUUAAACAGAGCAGCGAGGAAAUGCUGCAGCAAAUCAAAACGGUGCAGUUCCUAAAAGACAGCAUUGACUUUGCCGUCUUGAUGACUUCAGCCUUCCCCAAACUGCACGAGAUGCUCAUGUCCAAGACAAACACGGAUGUUUUUGAGGCGGUGGACUUGUUCACCACCGGGUACAUGUUCGGAAUUCACGGCACGGAGUCGGGAAUGCAGAGAAUGCUGCAACUGGUCUGGUCUUCGGACAAGGAGAAACGAGAUGCAGUGUCGGAUGCCUACAAGCGCGUUCUGUUCUCCACGGACCAAACGGGUCGCGCUCAUGCCAUUAAGGUGGUGCAGAACCUGUCGAAGUUUCUUUCGGAAAUCGAGUAUGGUCACUACACGGCCUUGGAGUCGCUGAUGACCGAGUGGGUGUUGGGUGGCGACAUCGAUGCUGCUGUCAUCCAGGUGCUCUUUGAGCGCUUCACGCUAAAACUGGAGGGCACUACAUCCAACGAAUCUCGCCUGUCGCUCCAGCUCCUGAUAAUGGCCUCGCAAUCGAAGUCUAGUAUUGUUUCGGCCAACACUGCCAUCAUCGAGGAUAUCGCCGUCGGAGAGCGGGUGCGUCGGGAUCCACGGAUAUUUACCUCCUGUCUGCAGCUGCUGGUCAACUCAAUCGAUGCAAACAACACUGCCAAGUAUUAUAAGCGUCAGAACAGCGAUGCAGAAUUCGUGGGAAAGAUCACGCGGCUCUUCCUCGACUUCUUUUUCCACAGAAGUCUAUACGACUUCGACGCACUGGCCAUGAGUGUUUUUGAAUACUUCUAUAGGAUGUGCCAGGCGCCGGAUGUGAUUGCGCAGCAACUGGUGACGGCUUUACUCAAGCAAUUCAAUGAGAGCUGGCUGGUCAAGGAAGCGGCUGCAAUAGUUCCCUCUCCAGACAAAGCGGAUACGGAAACUGUUCCGGACUCGCAGCCCUUGGAGAUUCCGCAUUCGCAGACCCUUACUCCCACUCAGACUCAAGCUGAUAGCCAAUCGCAGAUGCAAGGCACCUUGAUUCCCGUGUAUCUCGUCUCCCGCUUAAUCUUUUGCAUCGGCUACAUGACCAUCAAGGAGAUGAUCUUUCUCGACAUGGAUAUCUAUAAUAACAUGAAGUAUCGCGACGAGCUGACGGCUCUUGAAGAGCGUAAAAACCGCAAUCAGCAGGCGGGAAGUUCACAUAAUGCGGCCAGACUUACGCUUAAUAUGUCAGCGAUGGAGGUGCGCAAGAGGCUGUCCGGAGUGGCAGCGGAACCACAGCAGGAGCCAGACGACGAUCUGGUGGGAGCGACUGCAGAGGACAACAUCGCCGAGGAAAUCCACGGCAUCUGCGAGGACAUGCUGCUUUACAACCCGGAUGCUCUGCUCUCCAAGCUGGCGCCAUUUAUCAUAGAGAUUUGCAAGCGUCCAGGUGAGUUUGGUGAUCCCACGUUGCAACAGGCCGCUACUUUGGCUCUGGCCCGGCUCAUGACCGUCUCCUCCCGUUUCUGCGAGUCCAACAUGAGCUUUUUGAUGAACAUCCUCAACCUAACGAAGAACAUUCGAAUCAAGUGCAACACGGUGGUGGGGCUGUCGGAUCUCACUUUCCGUUUCCCAAACAUCAUCGAGCCGUGGACGGGGCACUUCUACGCUCAGCUGCACGAAUCGAACACCGAGUUAAGGCUAACUGCCGUCAAAAUGCUAUCUCAUCUGAUCCUCAACGAGAUGAUACGCGUCAAGGGUCAAAUCGCCGACAUGGCACUUUGCAUUGUGGACGGCAACGAGGAGAUUCGCAAUAUCACCAAGCAGUUCUUCAAGGAGAUAGCCAACAAGUCGAACAUUCUGUACAACGUCCUGCCAGAUAUCAUCUCCCGUUUGGGGGACAUAAACCUCAACCUGGAUGAGGACAAGUACCGCAUUAUCAUGUCCUAUAUCCUGGGUCUCAUCCAGAAGGAUCGCCAGAUUGAGACGCUAGUGGAGAAGCUGUGUCUGCGCUUCCCGGUAACGCGGGUGGAGCGUCAAUGGCGCGACAUCGCCUACUGCCUCGGCCUGCUCACCUACAACGAGCGAGCUGUGAAGAAGCUAAUGGACAAUAUGCAGCACUACAGGGACAAGGUCCAGGUGGACGAGGUUUAUCAGUCCUUCAAGCUCAUCAUUAGCAACACCAACAAGUUGGCCAAGCCGGAGCUCAAAGCUGUAGUCACCGAGUUCGAGAACCGACUGAACGAGUGCCUGCAAGUCAACCCGGAUACCGCUGCCCAGGGUGAUCAAGAAAGCACUCCAGAAGGUCAGGGCAACAGAACCAGAGCGGCGCCAAGGACAAAGAAGGGUGGUCGCAAGCCGGCGGCCAACAGGAACAAUACUGUGCGAGGACGCGGAAGACGUGCUCGCCGGGAUUCCACCUCAGAAGAGAGCUUCAGUUCCAGCAGCAGCGACUAGUUCGUGCUCCAUCUUAAGUUACGAUCUGAGCGGGUUUUUAAUGAUGUACAAAGAUGGUUUUUAAUAAAAUAGUUAAUAG